GGGCAUGGUCGCCGUCAACGACUUCGGCAGCUACUACGCCGUGCAGCUGCCAUUCGGCGGCGUCAAGGGGUCCGGAUACGGCCGAUUCGCAGGUGAGGAGGGACUCCGGGCCGUGAGCAACAUCAAAUCCGUAUGUGCGGAUCGGUUCCCGCGUCUCAUGGGCACGCAGAUCCCGCCCACGGUGGACUAUCCGAUCCACAAAGGGGACGGGGAUCGCAAGAACGGCAAUGGCGCGUGGGAGAUGUGCAAGGGGGUUGUUGAGACGGGGUAUCAGCUCACGUUGGCGGGGAGAGCGAGCGGGAUUUGGAAGAUUUUGAAAAAUUCCUGA